AUGACUCCUACACCACAAGAAAUCUCUCAAAUUAAACUCAAAUGGCACUCGGCCAAAGAUUUAGCCCUUCGAAUGACCAGCCAGCAUUCUCUAAAAGAUUCCACCUUUCAUUAUCAUCAUACCAAGAAAAAUGUCGAUGUAUAUGCAUGCAAACAGCAAGGAGAAAGUGCAUUGGUCGUUCGAGGAGAUUCCAUCUGUGAAAAUGUGAGUGCUGAUGAAUUUGCAAAAUCUUACUUGUCCACGAAUUUGGAAAUUUGGCAAAAGUUGGAUCCCAAUAUGAAACGUAUCGAAUUAUUAGAUGAAUGGACCGACAAAGAGGGUCAUUGGCAAGUCCUUUACUACUUGGUCUCUUCUGGAGCUCCACUCGUUUCUGAUCGUGACUUUUUAUAUGUAAUGAAAUAUCAGCAGCAAGAAGAUUUCUCCUUUUUCCUUUCCACAAGCGUCGAUGGUCUCUAUGAACCUCGUUCCACAUUCAUUCCAACCAAAGGAGCAGUGCGAGGCACCAAUAUCUAUGUCUGUCAACGCUAUGAUCCAUUGGAGGGAGGAAAAGAUAUCCAUGUCACCGAUUCGAGUCAGUGUUUGGUGAAUGGAUGGAUUCCUCAAUCAGUAGUGAAUACUGUCAUUUAUCCCAUUCCACUCAAUAUUGCAUUAAAUGCUGAAAUGUUGAACAAGACAUUGAGACUUCCACCAAAUUCACCUUCCUUACGUGAAAAGAAGUAG